ACGGCAGCGGGCGGUACUAAAUCCGCGGUCGAUUUGCCUAGUCUUCCAUGUGUCGCGCGGUGCCCAGUGCGCGCAUCUUCCUCUCUCUUUGUCAUCCUCCGACUCCCACCACCUUCCAUCGACCGACGCGCGCGUACACGCCAGCUGCCGUCAGUCGAGCCACCAUUUUACGCCGCAAAACUAUUGCACUCCUUACGCUUUACGACCCUCACCACUAACAUUGCCCCCCCCCCUCGCCCCAUCCUGGAAUCUAGAUACGCACUCUUGACGACCCCACCAUUGACCAUUGAGCCUUGCUGUAGCGAUAACGGACGUCUGUUACUGUUUAAACAUCAUAUUGUGGAGUAGCUUUCUGUAGCUAAUGUAUAUGCCAAUUGAUAGAAUACCUACGUCAGAAUAAUACUGAUAUAUACCCAUGUGGGUUUUGG